AUGAGCGAGACCCAAGCGAACGGUGCUGAAGCGCCCAGCCAGGUGGCUUCCACCUCAUACCAGCCACGUCCGGCACGCAAGCAAGUGACGCUCGCCAAGUUCAACGCCAUCCGCGAGGCUUUCAGUGCGAGACCCGACUCAGCCGGCACCUUCAACAUCUGGUACGAGAACUACGCAGGUGUCGACAGGGAAGAGAACGAAGCGCAAAAGGCAAAGCGAGAGACGAGAUGCGACAUCGCAAGAGACUCAGGCUACACAAAGGCCGAUAUCACUCUCAAGACUCAGGCCGCUCGUGCCCAGCAAGGCGUCUCCAUCAGCCCGGAUGAAGCCGUCUACUGCUGUAUGCACUUUGCACGCGGAUGCUGUCCACAUGGCGUCGAGUGCAACUUCCUACAUCGCCUUCCGCGGCCGAACGACUUUCCUACCCAGAGCCGCGAUUGCUUUGGGAGAGAAAAGCUCGGCAACUACAAAGACGACAUGAGCGGCACCGGCUCGCUCUCCAAGAUGAACCGCACACUGUACGUCGGCCGCCUACACGAGGAGCACGGCGUCUCUGCCCCCAAAUCGACCAACUCGGCCUGGCGCGAUGGCGGCAAGACGCUCAAAGGUGGGCGCAGCGUCAACGACCUCAGAUCCAAGUCCGGUCCUCGCCCCAAACAAGACUCCAAGACGUACCGACCGCAGCACAACUCUGUCCGCCCCGAGACAGACAACGCCACGGAGCGCGUGGUGCGUCGCCACUUCAGCGAGUGGGGCGAGAUCGAUCGGCUGCGCGUGCUCACCGGCCGCUCGUGCGCCUUUGUGACGUACAAGUACGAGGCCAAUGCCCAGUUCGCUAAAGAAGCCAUGCUCAAUCAGUCGCUCGACCAUAACGAGAUCAUCAACGUGCGCUGGUCAUCGGAUGAUCCGAAUCCAGCCGCUCAGAAGAGGAAUCUGGAGCAGAUGCGAAGGCAGGGAGAGAAGGCGAUCAUGGCGGGCAUGUCGACCCAGGCUAUCGAGGCGCAGCAGGCAUUACGUGCAUUGCAAGCGUUGGAGGACCCGACGGCUCAGAACGAGGGCGAGAAACGGAGACGUAUCGCGCAGGCGAAUCACGAUGAAGAGAUGCGCAGACUGGAAGAGGAGAACGAGCGCGGAUGGGCCGAGCUGGCGCAGGAGAGACAGGCUGCUCUGGCUGCUGCAGAGACCAGUCAAGCGCAAGUAGCAGCCAGCGCAGGCACGACAAGCAAGGCUAACGGCUCGCGCUCGCUGCUCAACUCUGAGGCCAUCUCAAAUCUGGCCUCGCUUCAAACGACAGGUAAGGCUAAGCCACCCCCGACGACCGGGCUCGGCAGCCUCGCAGCCUACGGAAGCGACAGCGAAGACGAUAGCUAG